CUUACACUAUCUAGCAAUAGGCAGAAGCCUGCGGGCCCCAAGGCAGCAGCAGGUUGAAACAGGCUAGUGGCAGGUAUAAUAUCAGACCAAAACAGACUUGUUGGGUGGGCAGGAUAGUGAGGCUGCUGGAGAGAAAAGAAACAGCGAAUAGCUCAGAAGAGGCUGAGGGAGAUAGAGAAUCACAUACUCCUGUUCAAAAAGAUUUCGGUGGAGCUCCAAGAGACAGAAAGUAGGUGGGUCACAGAGGCAAGAAGGGAAAAAAAUAUCCUUUCAUGAGAAGUAGAGGUGUUAAGAAGAUGGGUGGAGAGUUGCAGAAACACCAUUUCCCUCCCUCUCAUUUUCUCUAAGAGUGUUUGUCUCUGAGCUUUUCCUCUCACUUCUCCUCCCCACAACAAACAGCCAAGCUGGGAAGAAGAGAUUGUCUCUGAACUCAGCAGAGUGUGUGGGCACAGAAGACUGAUAGCAGCCAAGUAAACAGAGUUCAUAACGGUGGUAGCUGCAGGAGCAAAGACUGCUCAGUGACAAGCAUGAGCACUGUUCCACAGACCUGUGACCAGGAGCUGAGAACAGGUGCAAAGAAAGAACGAUGCCUUCAGGGGAAAAGCCUACUUCUGUGUGCACUUCUUCUCAGUACUCUCCUUGGCUUUACAUUGCUUAUCACCUACCUCGUGAUGACUUGUGCUCUAGGAUCCUGUGAUGCUGAGUCAGAUCCUGCUCUGUUGGAAAGACUUCUGAAUUCUAGGAAUGACACUGUAAACCCCUGUGAGAACUUCUACAAAUAUGCCUGUGGCAGAUGGGAAGGCAAACAGUCAAGCAGAACCAGAGGAGAAUCACUAAAUGUAUUUGAUGUGUUGUUGGAAGAAAACCUGUUGAUCCUGAAAAGGCUUUUAGAAAGUCCACAGUUUGGGAUAAGAGGUUCAGCCAAGGAGAAGGCAAUACAAUUUUAUCGUUCCUGCAUGGAUACUGAACAAAUAGAAUCCCAAGGAGCUCAGCCACUGAAGGAGCUCCUAAAUCAGGUUGGUGGAUGGCAUAACACAGGAUUGGGGGAAACAAAAGAUUUUAAUGAAACUCUUCAGAUUCUCAUGAGCAGAUACAGCACCUUUCCAUUUUUUAGAGUCCAUGUGGGACCUACUCCUUUUGACCCCAAGAACAAUAUUAUUCAGAUUGACCAUCCUGAGUUUGAUAUUCCACUUGAGAGUGAAUUCAAAGAGAAAAAUUAUCUUGAGGUUCUCCGUGUGUAUCUUUCAUAUUUGAAGAAAUUGGGGGUCCUACUUGGAAGAACAGAGGAUGGUCCCCCUGACUCCUUUUCCUUGACCUUGUCCUUCAUCUCUAACCUCCAGCGAUUUGUCACUCCACUGCAGAAAAGACAGCAGAGGGGGAUGCUGUUCUUUCACACUACCAUUAGGGAGCUACAGGAAAAGGCACCUGCUAUUGACUGGCUGGCGUGUCUCAAGGCUGUCUUCCAUCCUGUGCCAAUGAACCUCUCUCAGCCAAUUGCAGUGCAUGACAUGGAUUACUUAAGCAACAUGUCACAGCUCAUUGAGAAAUGGCACAAGGGAAGGGUCCUUCACAUUUAUAUGAUUGUUUGUCUGGUUGGGAAUCUCUCCCCAGCCCUUGACAGUCAAUUCCAAGAUGCACGCCUGGAGCUGUAUAAGAUCCUUUAUGGAAAAAUGGGAUCUAGAAUGAUCCCAGCUGAGCGCUGGAGGAAGUGCUUGACUGAUACCAGCUUUUUCUUUGAGCCAGUUCUAGGGAAGAUGAUUGUGCAAGAAAUUUUCCCUGAGCAGACCAAGAAAUUUGCUGAGCAGAUGUUCUCUGUGAUCCAAGAUGCCCUCUGUGACCGCCUGGAUCAGGUGGAGUGGAUGGAUGAACAGACUCGGCAAAAUGCUAAAGCCUUGGUAUCCAAACUACAAGUGGAGAUUGGUUAUCCAGCUCACAUACUCCAGACUGACAAAGUGAACCUGGAAUACCAGAAUCUGGAGAUAAAUGAAGACACUUUUUUCCUCAAUGUGGUGGCUUGCUUGAAAGUACUAAGGGAAAAUUCCUACCUGAAGCUCCUUCAGCAAAACUCACAGGAAAACUGGCAGGUGCACCCCUGGAGUGUGCAUUCAUACUAUUCAAUAAGGCACCACAUGGUGGUCUUUCCGGCUGGAAUGUUCCGCAGUCCUUUUUUCCACAUGGAGUUUCCCAGCGCUGUGAAUUUUGGAGCCAUCGGGGUCUUCAUGGCACAUGAAAUUCUUCACUCAUUCUAUGGUUAUGUGUUGCCUGAGGGCUGUCCUGCAUGCAACAGGAGUGCACUACAAAGCUCUAUAGACUGCUUGGUUGAGCAGUAUGAAAGCUACAGCUUUAAUGUCAAUGGCACAUUCACACUGUUGGAGAAUACAGCUGACACUGGAGGGCUCGCUGUCGCUUAUCAGGCCUAUAAGAAUUGGCUGAAAAAGCACAAAGAAGAGGAUUUGCCUAAGAUUGGACUUCCACACGAUCAACUUUUCUACCUCAGUUUUGCUCAUGCAAUGUGUGGACACCAGGAUCCAGAGAAGCUCCAGUCUUCCCUGAACACAGAUCCACAUAGUCCCUUGCCACUUCGUGUCUCUGGGCCUGUCAGCAAUAGCCAGGACUUUUCCAAGAGCUUCCAAUGUCCCAGUGGAUCCCCAAUGAACCCAGAAAACAAAUGCCGCAUCUGGUAAUGUGCAUGGAAGAGCAGGAAGAGAGAUGUGAUCCCAGGGAGAGGAAGGCCUGACACAUGAAAAUAUGACCAUCUUCUCAGGGCCUCUAGGGUGACGUGGUGCUCUUAUCCACUCCUUUGCCUUCCUUUUUUUGUUAGCCUUUCCUCAGCGUUUGAUGGCAGGGAAAUUCUUAAACUGAUCUCAUGAGGAAGGGAUCUCCAAGGCUCUCAGUGCUCUGUCCCAGAUGUGUGACAAGUCCCAGGGCAGCAAGGUGACUGGCCAGUUUCUAGUAGGCAACAGCUCGUGAGGAGCUGUGAACAGAAAGACUGUUACAUUAUUAGUCCCUCUGUUUAGUGCAUUUACCUGUCUGCUCCAGCAGCCUCACAGUCCUGUAGGAAGGGCAAGUCAAUAAACUGGAGCUGUAAGACUUGGUAAUAUCUUACAACAGCUCUUGGGGAAAUCCUGUGGGUUGCUGUGCAAACCACAUGUAACUUACAAGAGAGGGAAGAAUCCUCUUCUCUUCUUUUGCUAAUUAAUUGAGACAGGUGAUAGGGAAGACUCAGUGGCUGCAACUUGUAGGCUGAAAGGUAAGUGACUUAAUAAUGACUUUUACUGGAGAGCUUCUCUGCUCCGUUUUUGUUUCAUCAGCAAAAAUCACACAUAAGAGGAAAGAGGAAAGCUCCCCCAUUAAUGGGAGGGGUACCUGGGGAGCUGAGAACAGAUUCUCUUUCUUUUCCAACAAGAUCCUCUUUUCUUAAGUGUCUAGGGUUGAGGAUAUGAUAGAGGAUGCAGUAUGGGAGAGUCACAAAGGUUUCUAGAAGUUUCUGAAGCUUGAACAACUAGAAUUCCAAGAGCUUCUCUGCAUCCUGAACCUGGUUCUCUCCCUACAUUUGUAAAUAUUUACCAUCCAAGCAGAGACAUAGAGAUGUUGCAGGAUUUUACUUUCUACUUGAAACUGAAUUUUAGAUAUUCAUUUGCUUUAGAGCAAAAGCAGAGUAAGAAACAAUAUGAUUUGGGGUAGCAGAAGUGCCUAAAGUACAUUCUUAAGAGCAAUGUAAUAAUUACAUCUAUUUCAGGGUCUCAUAAUUAGAAAAUUUAUACCGAUGUUAAUAAGUAUACAAAAUACUUAUACCUUUUGCAUGCUCUUCAAACUGUUCUUGUUUAUGGGAACAUUUUUAUUUUACUUAUUAUAUUGGCUGCCUGGGGAUUGUUUGUGGAAUAGAUGAUGGAAAGUGGAAACAUCCCUUAUCAAUGUAAGCAUUUUAAAAAUAACUGUGUUAAUCCUUUUCAAGUACUGACAAAUACAGCAAAAUGUUUCCCAAGACUGGACUGUUCAGAGAUUUUGUUUUCAUUAACUAACCAAAAUAGUAAUAAAGUGUUUGCUUCUGAAAAAAAUUACUUUGGUUGCAAACGCUUUAUCAUCAGGCCUGUAUCUUUUUUCUGUAUUUGUACUGUUCACAACUUGUCUGAUACUCUUAGCUGAACUUCACAAGUAAUAAAUAAGAAUAUCUCAAAACAGUUUUAUUUAUUUACCAUCUUAAAAAUAACAAAAUUAGGCUUGUACUUAUCAUUACCACUUAAACAGUGUAUACUCUUCCUUACCAUCACUCAUUCAAUUGUUUUCUCCUAGCAGCAUGUCCAGACAGGUGUUUUUUUUUUUUAAGAUCCUAAUAGCAAAUAACAUUGCA